GUUCCCAUGCCACUUGGCUGCAGAGCUACGGCAAUAUGUCUCCUGGUGGCACGUCACGACCCUCGAAGCAGAGGAAGAUUGGUUCUCGAUCUUGCGAUGCUUGCAAGAUCCGGAAGGUCAAGUGUACAGAGACAGCCCCCUGCCAACGAUGUCUCACCGCCGGCCUCGACUGCACCUUCAACAAGACCCAGUCGACGAGAGGACCCCGAAAUCUGAGAACAAAGACCUUACAGCAGAUCCAAAAUGCCACACGAGCUCAGCAACCAGCCUCAGCACCUUCACAUAUCCCAGAGCCAAGUUCUUCGUCGAGCACCGCGGACCCUUCCAACAUUUCGGUCGAAUCACUCGUCGUUCGACUGUGCAUCUAUCGACUUCGCCUCUUUCCAGUCUGGCCGAUCGUGGCUGUGGAACAGGUCAUUGCAGCCCUACACCGCGAUUCCGAUGAUGUCGGAACCUACACCUUGGCAGUAGCCAUUGGUGCUGCAACCAUGGCCCAGUUGAAACUGUCCCGGUUUAAAGACCCAAACAUCACGGACAGCCUGUCUGCUAGCGCUCUCCACGAGGAGUGCCAAAGGAAACGGCGGACCCUUAACGCUGCCUCUGCCAGUCUGAACAGACUUCAGACAUCGUUCUUUUUGCACAUCUACCACGAGAACCAGAUUCCUGGCGGUGCCGAGUCUUUGUUGCACUUGCGCGAGGCCAUCACGGUGGCACAAAUCAUGGGAUUACACCGGCCCUCCUCAUACCUAGGACUACCCCCAUCCGAGGACCGCCUUCGACGCCGCAUUUUGUGGCUGCUGUUUGUUACAGAGAGAGGAGUGGCCAUGCUACACAGACUUCCAGUAGCAUUGACUUCCGCCGAGAAGUUCCCGCCACUGGACACCAUCAACGAACCCGACGACGGACCACACGUGUUGCCGGCAUUCAAGAAACUGGUCAACCUGUUUUGGAUCUUCGACCAGUCCAGAGCCUUUGACAUUCUUCAAGAUGCGGCAGACGACACGGACGGCUCCUCAUCACCCAACCGCGAAGCCCUCCGAGCCCUGCAACAGCGCUUACAAGAAGCACGACUCGAAACUGAAAAUGAUGCAAACGACAUCCAGAAAGCGGACAUUUCCAUCACAAGACAAUGGAUGCAAAUCCUCAUAUGGCGCGCCACUCAAGGCCACGCAUACUGGUCCUCCGACGACGCCUCGGCAAGCCUUGCUGGGCCCAUUCAGAUAGCCCAGCAGCUACUGGACGACAUAUCAAAGCUCCCCAACACGGCCCUGGAAGCCCACGGCCCAGGGAUAGAAUUCAAAGUUUACGAGAUUGCAAGUGCCGUGGCAGACUCCCUCAACUACUACACAGCCCCUCGACCAGGCGACAUUCUUCUCAGAUUACAAAGAUUCCUAGCCACCUGCCGCGGCGGAAACAUCAACCUGCUAGGCCUCCUAGCCGCGCGCAUCGCCCAAGGCCAAAUGUCCCUAUCCAUCCCACGGCAGUUGUUCGACCCAGCCCCGCCCUCGGUUGCUGUCGAAGAGAGAGCCACCGACGCCGACAGCGACGAACCACCACCCUCAUCCCCAUGGCUCUCCCUCGUUGCCGCGGCUGAACUCGAGCAGGAGCAGUCCUUGUCGUCUUAUGCUCAACAGGUCGGCCUGCUCGAUAAUCACGACUGGCUUCUUGCUCCAGAAAGCCCCAACAUCUAGCUGCGAGCACGUCAUUGAUACGGGGGAUGAGGUGAAUGAAGUCCAAAGCGGAGCAGGUCCGGGGCCGGGAUCGGCCUGUGGGGUUACCUUGCUCUACCGAGGCGGGGGUCGUUGUCCCUUCAGCUGUUACAAGUCUUGGCUAGACUCGAUCUGGGACUUUCUCCGAGAUAUUCUCCGCUUGGGGUUUGGGGGUAAGAAAGGAUGGUUUUUGUGGUCACGUCAACGCUGUCAGGGAAUUACUUUCUUUUUUUUUUUUUUGGGAGAGACGAAGCGAAACGACACAGUCAAGAUGGCUUGGGAAGAACCACGGAAGACGGGCAUGGUGUAUCGCCGUUUGGGCAACUCUGGAUUACACGUCUCUGCGCUUGGGUUGGGAGGAUGGCUCACGUUUGGGGGGCAGGUUGAGAAUGAGGGCACUGUUGCUUGCUUGAAGCAGGCGUAUGAUUUGGGUAUCAACUUUUUUGACACUGCGGAAAGCUACGCCGGAGGCCAAUCCGAAGUCGUCAUGGGCCAAGCGAUCAAGCAGCUCGGCUGGAAGCGCAACGACAUCGUCAUCAGCACCAAGCUCAACUGGGGCGGCCACAAUGGCGAGGUCCUCGUCAAUAACCACGGCCUGAGCCGCAAGCACAUUGUUGAAGGCCUCCGUGCCUCCCUCCAACGCCUCAACCUCGAAUACGUCGACAUUGUCUACGCCCAUCGCCCGGACCGUCUCACUCCCAUGGAGGAGGUCGUUCGUGCUUUCAACCACGUCAUCGAGAUCAAGGGGUGGGCGAUGUACUGGGGGACCAGCGAGUGGAGUGCUGACGAGAUCGCCGAAGCAUGCGGCAUCGCCAAGCAGCUCGGGCUUAUCGCGCCGAUUGUUGAACAGCCAUUCUACAACCUCCUGCACAGAAAGAAGGUCGAGGGCGAGUUCCAGAGGCUGUACAGCAGAUUCGGUCUUGGAUUGACGACGUUCAGUCCCUUGAAGUUUGGUCUGCUCAGUGGAAAGUACAACGAUUCGCCUGAUACGCCUCCACCGGGGAGCCGUUUUGCCAAGGGCGACGACAAGUUUGUCAAUUACAUGAGAGACAACUACGGUAACAAGAGCUGGCAGGAUGAUAUCGAAAAGGUGAAAAAGCUCAAGGUUAUCGCCGACAAGGUCGGCAUUCCCCAGUCAGAGUUGGCUCUGGCGUGGGUGUUGAAGAAUCCCAAUGUUUCGUCUGUUAUCACUGGCGCGUCAAGGCCGGAGCAGAUUGUUGAGAAUGUCAAGGCGUUGAAGAGUAUGGCUUUGUUGACGCCAGAGAUUAUGAAGGAGAUUGAUGAGGUGGUUGGGAGUGUUGAGUUGGAUCCAGCGAGACAGGACUAAAGAGAUGAAUAUGUGAAUGAUGACAAGAGAUGAACAACCCCUAUUUUGCCCCUGUCGCGACAUUGGGCUGAUCUCAGACUCGGAUUCUGAGCCCGAACUUUUACGGUGCCGCUUCUUCUGGUUUAGCUCAGCCACAUGGCUUGCUUCGGGAGCCAACAGGCACCGGAAGCGCAGCGAGCCUCCUUAUCUCAUCCCAGAUUUCAGCUUCGACCAGGCAUUUGAUGUCAGCAAAUAGGUCGAGUCUUGGCAGCUGAGCGCAAAGUGGGAGGAUUCGAUGCUCAUGCCUGACAGAUUGGGAGUUUGAUAAAGUAUCAAGUGCCCUUCUGCUGGCCAAAGGAUAUUUCCCCUAUCCAGUCUUUCUCUUACAUACCUAUUGUCUUACUGGAAAAACACGCACGGUCCAUGAGCGUAAAGACAUCCAUCACCCUCCACGACCAGUCGUAAACCAAACCACUGCCUAUCGAAGAAGACACUUUCAACGCUCCAAAACAACUCAAAAUGGCCCAACACUCCCUCUCAGCCAGCUUCACAGUCCCGCCAACCCACCAAAGCACCAACCACACCCUCGACCCAUUCGUAGUGUCACUCGCCGGUAUACCAUCAGAAAUGUUGGACGGAGGGUUCUAUGCCGAGGCAAAAAUUCUCGACAAUGACAACAAAAGUCGGGGGUAUGAGAUUGUUCAGCAUGUCCGAGAUUCAGGGGCAGUUACCGCGAACGAGGGGGAGACUGUUCACUUUGUGUUUCGGGGCUUGAAGGCUCCAGCAAGGGAAGGAAGGCAUGAAGUGCGGGUUGGCGU